AUGGAGCCAGGAAAUGGAAACCUGACAUUGGUAUGCCAAGAUCCCCAUGGUUAUGGUCACAAUGAUAUAUGGCACCUUGGCAACCCACUCGAUUCCCCCACUUGUCUUCUCCUUGUGCAGGUGGCUUUGAUUACCGUAGUCACACAGUUCAUAGACAUUUGUUUAAAGCCACUCGGACAAUCUUCCCUUGUUUCUCAGAUUCUUGGUGGAGUGGUAUUUGGGCCAUCAGUUAUUGGGAAGCAAAAGAUGCUGGCGAACAUCUUAUUCCCUGCAAGGGGUGUUGUAGUGCUUGAUACAGUUGCAUCGUUUGGCCUCAUGUUCUUCUUCUUCAUAUGGUGUGUUAAAAUGGAUCUUGCCACACUGUUGAGGACAGAAAAGCAUGCUAUCGUUAUUGGUUUUUCUGUAUUCUCAUUUACAUUGGUAAUACCUACUGGGGUGUCCUUUUUGAUGAGGAAAUAUGUUGCGAUGAACAAGACCCUCUCACAUGCACUACCCUUUGUAGCUUUCUCACAAACCUUAACUGUGUUUAUCAGCAUUGCAGUCCUCUUGACAGAUCUCAAAAUCCUCAACACUGACAUAGGACGUUUAACAAUGUCAGCAGCAAUGUUUGCUGAUAUUAUUGGCUUUAUUUCGACAGUGAUCAUGUUUUCCAUAUUGCAGAAUAAGAGUGGUAGCAUGCUGACACUAACAUGGAUCAUUCUAUCUAUAGUUGCACUCUUACUUGUUAUUUUAUUUGUCAUGAGGCCGCUAAUACUUUGGAUCGUAAAGCGCUCAGGUGGUGAUUCUGUUAAUGAAUUUUGUGUUGUUUGCAUCUUUGUCUUUGUUAUGAUAGCUGGACUUCUCAGUGAAUUAAUUGGGCAACAUUUUGCUAUGGGACCUAUAAUUUUAGGCCUGGCUGUUCCAGAAGGGCCACCUUUAGGCACAACUUUGGUUAGGAAAAUGGAGACAAUCUGUUUAGCAUUUCUUUAUCCAAUAUACCUUGCUGUUAAUGGAUUGCAAACAGAUAUCUUCAGAAUUGAUGCAAGAUCUGCGUGGAUUGUGAGUGUCGUAGUGAUGUUGGCUUUCAUUGUGAAGAUUGGUGCUGUGAUGUUGCCAGGAUAUUAUUCCAAUGUAUCCUUGAAAGAAUCUUGUGUGAUUGGACUUCUUCUAAAUGGAAGAGGUAUAGCUGAGCUUACUAUGUACAAUAUGUGGAAGGGAAGCAAGCUACUAUCCGAUCAAGAGUUCUCUUUGAUGGUGGUCCAAAUUUUAGUAAUAAAUGUUAUCAUAACACCACUCAUAAAAUUGUUAUAUGAUCCUUCAGAACAGUAUCAUACUGGAAGAAGAUGUUCAAUUCAACACACUAGGAGAGAUUCUGAGCUUAGAAUCAUGGUUUGCAUUUACAACAAUGAAAACAUACCCACAAUCCUCAACCUCUUGGAAGCAUCCUAUGCAAGUAGAGAGAGCACGGUUGCAGUUAUAGCACUAGUCCUAGUAGAGCUUCUUGGAAGAGCUAGGCCUAUUCUUGUUGCUCACCAACCCCAUGAUACACUUCGCUCAAUGUCAUGCAAUUCAAAUCACAUUGACAAUGCUUUGAGGCAAUAUGCACAGCAAAAUGAAGGCCUUGUAUCAGUUCAGUCUUUCACUUCAAUCUCCAACUUUGACACAAAAUAUGAUGACAUUUGCCGAAUAUCACUUGAUAGAAGAGCCAACAUUUUGAUCUUGCCUUUCCACAAGAGGUGGGAAAUUGAUGGAAGUGUUGAGGUAACACAAAGGUCUAUCCAAAUCAUGAAUGUUAAAGUCCUUGAAAGGGCACCAUGUUCAGUGGGAAUUCUAGUUGAUAGGGGUAUAUUGAGUGGUUCUCCAUCACUCUUAAUGGCUAAAGCAACAUUCUAUGUUGCUGUGUUGUUCAUCGGGGGUGCUGAUGAUGCUGAGGCACUAGCAUAUGGUACUAGGAUGGCUAGGCAUGAAUGUGUGAGUGUAACAGUGGUUAGGUUCCUUCUAUUUGGUGAGGAGAACUCUAAAGACAGAAAACGUGAUAGUGAUCUUAUUGAUGAAUAUAGAUACUAUAAUGCUGGAAAUCGUAGGUUUGAAGUCAUUGAUGAAGUGGUGAAAGAUGGUAUAGAGAUGUCAACAUGUAUAAGAAGAUUUAUAGAUUAUUUUGAUCUCGUGAUGGUGGGUAGGGAGCAUCAAGAUUGUGCUAUGCUUCAAGGACAUGACCAAUGGAGUGAGUGUCCAGAGUUAGGGGUCAUUGGGGACAUGCUAGCUUCACAAGAUUUUGUGACUAAGGCAUCAGUGUUGGUGGUGCAACAACAGAGAAUAAGAGGGAGAUUUGUGAAACAAUCACUGAAUGCAAUGCCAAAUCAAAGAGAUCAAUUGGUACAUGAUUUUCCAAUUGAUGAAACAUCAAGACCCUCGUGUACUAUUUCAGUGGACAGAUGUGAGAAAAUGUAG